GUCAACGGUCACCAGUCAGUCACCACGCUGUCGCACAGCCACAGCCACAAACAUGGCGUGGCUCCUUUCUCGCGUCGCCGGCGCCGCUCUCCUCCUCGUUCUCGUCCUCGUCCUGACGGUGACCACGAGCACUAGCCCGGCGGCGGCUCAGAGUAAGAGGUUCCCGGCGAGGGCGCACCCAACGAGGUCGGGCUACCUCAACGUCACCUCCACCAACUCCCUCUACUUCGCCUUCUACGAGGCCACCGACCCGGUCACCACACCGCCGACCGCCGCGCCGCUGCUCGUAUGGCUGCAGGGCGGGCCCGGGUGCUCCUCGCUCAUCGGCAACUUCGCCGAGCUCGGCCCCUACCUCCUCAACUCCACGGGGCUCUCGCGCAACCGGAACCGCUGGAACCGCCGCUUCGGCGUCAUCUUCGUCGACAACCCGCUCGGCUCCGGCUUCAGCACGCCCGCGUCCAAGGCGGACAUCCCCAGGGACGAGCCCACCAUCGCGGCGCACCUCCUCGCCGCCCUCCAGUCGUUCAUGGCGCUCGACGGGGCCUUCCGCGCGCGCCCGCUGUUCCUCGCCGGCGAGAGCUACGCCGGCAAGUACAUACCCGCGGCCGCCAAGCACAUCCUCGACGCGAACGGCAGGCUCCCCGUGGGCCAGCGGGUGAACCUGCAGGGCAUCGCCAUCGGCAACGGCAUGACCCACCCCAUCGCGCAGGUGACCGUGCACGCCGAACAGGCCUACUUCGCCGGGCUGAUCAACGCCAAGCAGAAGGCCACCGUCGAGGCGAUGCAGGACCGGACGGUGAGCCUCGUGAGGGCCGGCAACUGGACGGGCGCCAGGGAGGAGAGGAACGGGAUCAUAAGCUUCCUCCAGAGGGUCACGGGCGUGGCGACGCCCUUCAACUACGCGCGCGAGCGGCCGUACCCGACGCGCCCGCUUGUCAACUUCCUCAACUCCGACGAGGCCAAGGCGGCGCUCGGCGCCCGGCGCGACGUGGCGUGGGCGCGGUGCAGCGAGGCCGUGUCCGAGGCGCUGGGCAAGGACAUCAUGAGGAGCGCGAAGCGCGACGUCGAGGCCGUCCUGGCGCGGAACGGCGCCGCGCGGGUGCUGCUGUUCCAGGGCGUGUUCGACCUGCACAGCGCGCCGGCGUCCGUGGAGGCGUGGGUGCGGGAGCUGGCGUGGCCGGGCCUGCCCGCGUUCCUGGACGCCGACCGCGCCGUGUGGCGGCUCGGGAGCGGCCGGCUCGCCGGGUACGUGCAGAGGUCGGGCGCCCUCGCGAACGUGGUCAUCGUCGGCGCGGGUCACAUGGCGGCCGGCGACAACCGGCCGGCCGCGCAGGCGAUGAUCGAGGGCUGGGUGCUGCAGACGGGGCCGUUCGCCGGAGCUGGUGGCGCGCGGUCGUCAACGUCCUGAACAAUCUGCCGUAGAGCCAGUCCGACUCGGGCUCGGCAGUUGAAUGGUGGUUGGUGCUAUGCUACUGUUACUGUUACAUCUUUGUCAGCUUGUGAUGCAGCUUCAUUUUGUUGGGUUCUGCUAACAUGUCGCCAAUAGUACCCUGAGUACAUACUUAUAAAAAAUAGCAGUGUAUAUAUUCUGUUGGCUGUUGCUGUACUGGUAGUACUUGUCUAGGUGAGGAGUUAAAACAUUCUCACAUUUGUUUUAAAAAUUAGGGUGAAAAAGAUUGGAAAGUUGCUUUUUUUUUGUC